GCAGUUACUCACAAGUCACAAGGGAAGUGAGAAGAAGCACGCCAUAUUACGAAUAACCGAAUAAGAAUGGCAUCAAGCACAGGGCAGAACCCGGCCCAUGACCCGGAUACAGACAAACCGGAAAACCCGGAUCACGAGUUUGCAGAGUUCGGAGCGGGUUGUUUCUGGGGGGUGGAGCUUGCGUUUCAGAGAGUGGUUGGUGUCGUCAAAACUGAGGUUGGUUACACGCAGGGUCACUCCCAUCAUCCCACUUACAAGCAGGUCUGCACCGGAACCACCAACCAUGUCGAAGUCGUUCGCCUGCAGUUCGAUCCCAAACUCUGCACCUACAACACCCUCUUGGAUCUCUUUUGGUCUCGCCAUGACCCCACUUCACUCAAUCGCCAGGGCAAUGAUGUAGGUGCACAAUAUAGAUCAGGAAUAUACUACUACAAUGAAACUCAGGCUCGUUUAGCCCAAGAAUCAAAAGAAGCUAAGCAAUCAGAAUUUAAGGGCAAGAUUGUCACAGAAAUUCUUCCAGCAAAGAGGUUCUACAGAGCAGAGGAAUACCAUCAGCAGUAUCUGGAGAAAGGUGGUGGUAGAGGUCUCAAGCAAUCUGCUGAAAAGGGUUGCAAUGAUCCCAUAAGGUGCUAUGGUUGAAAUGAAUGAAUCAAUGACUUGUGAAGCAAGUUACAGUUCUAGUUUUCUAUCCGCCGUCAAUUCUAAAAGCAUGGUAUGUUAUCUUGAAAAAUAAAAGUUGAUAACAUUGUCUGAUCCAUGUAGCUAACAAUGUGAUAAGACUCUCUUGUUAUUGUUGUUAAUAAUGUAAUACAAACUUGAUUUGUGUAAA